GCCCCCUUAUAAAUAGUUUACGAACCUCUAGCCAAUCCCCGACCGGAGCGCUGUCUGGGUUUCGGAAGUCCCAGUGCGUGCGUAGAAAAGCGGGGAGGGGGAAUGGAGCGUGCUCCCUGCACCCGCUGCGCAUGCGCUGGAGGGCGGGCGCGAGGUCCCAGCGCUUGCGCAGCCUGCGCCCUCCCAGCAGCCUCCAGCUCAAGAUGGCGCCGUGGGAAUCCCUGCCACUGGCUGUGUGAGGAAACGCAGAGUGACCGCGUCCGCCGCCGGGUUCCAGCCCCGCGUUGCUCCGUGAGGAAGCAGAGGGUGAGCCCCGGCGGAUGCGAUGGCCACCGUGGUGGCCAAGCGGGAAGGGCCGCCGUUCAUCAGCGAGGCCGCUGUGCGGGGCAACGCCGCCGUCCUCGAUUACUGCCGGACCUCGGUGUCGGCGCUGUCGGGGGCCACGGCCGGGAUCCUCGGCCUCACCGGGCUUUACGGCUUCAUCUUCUACCUGCUCGCCUCCAUCCUGCUCUCCCUGCUCUUAAUUCUCAAGGCGGGAAGAAGGUGGAACAAAUAUUUUAAGUCGCGAAGACCCCUCUUUACAGGAGGUCUCAUCGGAGGCCUCUUCACCUACGUCCUCUUCUGGACAUUCCUUUACGGCAUGGUGCACGUCUACUGAAACGGGGGCAGGGAUGCCAUUUGUUUUUA